CCAGCCUCUGUCGUCAAACGCGGAAGUAGGAACAAUAACAAUGGCUAUUUCUAAAGCGGUAUCCUAGCUAUAAUAAACAGCAACUUUAUAGCAAAAUACUACCACAAUGCCUUAUGUAAAUCAUGCGUAAUGAAACCGGAUAUAUUUAUAAAUUAGACAAUAAAUUUAUGUGCAGUGAAACAACUAUAAAGUAAAGCUUGGAGCUAGACAGAGAGUGGGAUGUAUAGCGGUCUUCUUCCGAAGGGACUCAGUGAAGCUGAUCUGAGUCCUGAUGAUGAGGAAGAGAAGGAAACUCCUCUUCAGGAGGACAAGCAAAACACACGAACUGACACUGAAAUACAGAAAUAUCCUGAUGAGAGCGAGCAGAAUGUGCAGAAUGACUCUUCAUCAUCAUCAUCAUCAUCAUCAUCAUCUCCUCCUGAGAGCUGUUUGCCAGGAGUGUCUCAAGAUCUGUGGCAAAAAUUUAAAGACCUCCAGAAGGAAAGAGAGACUCAGAAGUUGGAUAAAAUCCCAGUAAGAAAACGAAGGAAAAACCGGCGCAGAAAUGGUGGAACACAAAAGCAGCCGGGUUCAGCUACAGAAGAGAAAAGGGAUGAUGAGGAGCUUCGGGUGAAGAAAUGGGAAGAACUGACUCAGUAUUUCGGCACCAAUGAAAGAUUUCAGCCUCCUCCCUGUAGCCGACCUUCGCCAAAGUCAGGCCUGGAAAAGAGCAUGGAGCGAGCCAUAGCCGAAGGGGAUUAUGGGAAGGCGGAGGAGCUGAGCGACCGGCUGGCUACUCGUGAGCUGGCUGUGAAAAUCGCCCAAGCCGCAGACUGCCGAGACUUCACCCGAGCCAGACGGGAAGAGGAGGAUUCACUCACAGCACGGAGAAAGAGGAAACAGAUCGCAUGGGGCUUCGAAGCCAAGAAGCGAUGGGAAACCAAAAGCAACAUGGGCUUCAUGUGACCUUUCCGAAGAAAUACCUGAUUGUUUUUUAUUUUUCAUUAUUUUUUUAAAACCUCGUUUGCUUUUCCAUGGUUUUUCCAACGGCGGUGCAAAUGUGUACACGGUUAGUUAAAUAAACGUCUCGAUGCCUCAGCAUUAGCAUUGUGGUGUAAAUGUUCAUUUCGAGUUUCCGUUCUGCUGUUUUCCUCCUGCUGUAAUUAAAUCUGUGUGUCGUGUAUAGUUACCCCGAAUAAGUGGGUUAAUCAGCAGCUCUCUGUUCUUUCAUGGCGGUAUGGAGCAGAGGAAGAGGAAAGAAAAGAGGAGAUUAGGGCCCUAAUGCAAUGUAGUGGAUAAUGUGCAAUAGGAUUUGCCUGGGCAAAAUGAAAUUUGUUGGCUGUAAGGAGGAUUGAGCGGGAAU